AUGAAGAGCGCAAUUAUUUGGCUUUUGGGCACUGUGUUGGCCACAACAGCCUAUGAAACCUAUAAAUUGACUAAGGAAGAUAAAAUAAGCCCGGAAAUAGAAGAAAUCUUUAGAGAAAUCGACAGAUUAAGUUACUUUAACGGGAAUAAGCCUAUUCAUUCAGCUGCCUGCAUGAUAGGAUCCGACUUCAAGUAUAUAGAUACCUCAAAGCCCUUGGUACGCGAAAUGAAAGAAAUAUACGACCAGUUUGGUUGGAUCUUGCACUGUUACGACACUAUGAGGGCGUACAUGGGAUCUCCCUUCGAGAACGAAACUCUGAUUAGCUUCGCUACGGUCCAGCUUACUGACAAAAGAUCCAGCAAUCUACAAUCAAUGGAAGCUAUUCACGAUAAGUUAUUCGGAAGCGGUAACCUGAUAGCCAAGCUGGCCACUGGAAAUCAACUUGAAGUCUUCACAUGCAAAACGGACCAGUCACCGAGGCAGUUCCUUUACACUUGGUAUGUGGAUUACGUCCUGCUGGAACUCAAGGUCCACGCAAUGGUGGAGUGGUCCUGGAUGAUUCUGGAAAAGUUCGGGCUACGAGAACUAUUACAGGAUGAGGUGGGCAAGCGGGGUGCCUACAAGCGCAGGACCUCAGGUACACUGCCCAAAAUCAAGGAGCUAAUGAGCCGCGCAGACCGCUCCGUUUGGCGUUGCGAUCCCAGAAAACACAGUUCCGGGGCCACCUACGAGGAGGUCACCCGCCUCCUGCAGGGCUACGUGGAGAACGAGGUGGACCUGAACGAGGAGGGAUCCUGCCUGCAGGGCUGCUCCUCUUACAAGACCGCCAAGUCCGAGGGUUGCUUCGAAAAUAAGUUCUGUGCAGAGCAGCCGAAAUGCUCGGGUGGAGUGCACGACUGUCGCUCUGUGGAAUCCGACAUGGAGAUUUGCCAGGCUCCCAGCACAUCCAACAGGAGGUACGAGUACAUCAAGUACGAGAGUGGUCGAGUUCAGGGAAAGAUUGGCAGUUGUCGUGGAAGGUUAAGUACAGCCAAAAGCUGGCAGCGGUGGUUCGUAAAGUGCAGCUACUGUGUUUGCCUGUGCGACGAGCCAAGUGAGAAGUCGGAUCGGUACUUCAACCUGAGACCUGUGAUCGCCGAUGUGGACAACAACAGAGUCGUGACGGGCCUGCGAUUCGUAAAACACAACCGCGUCUUCCACCUGCAAAUUGAGGAGGGACAGCUCCUGCCGCUCGGAGCCAUCAAACCGUCCUCCGUCCAGUGGAAACAGUUGGACUCGUACUCCGUGUUGGACGACAAUGUUACCAUGGGCAUAGACUUCCACAUGCUGAGCUACGAGAAGCGGUCCAUCGAUCUGGAUGAGCUGAAGGUGGACAACAACUCCGUGGUCACCGGACUGCGGUUCAAAGUGGUGGGAGGUCAUCUUCAGCUGCAGGCUCUGUUCAGCAAAGUGGACUUCCUGUCGGGAAAGCUAAUCGAACCGAAGUCAGCAAGCUACUGGAUUUCCGGGGACAACAAACACCAGAGGAAUAAGCUGACCCUUGCGGAUGCAGCAGUACCCACGCAAUCCUCCCAGCAAUCAAUUCCUCACCCAAGUGACAACCAGUUCAUAGAGUUUACCAACUCGGACUUUUACCAAGAUGCUGCCCAGUCCACUGUGCCCUUCAUCGACAUCCAGGAAGUGAUCUCGGAGCCGCCAGUUCCGCUCUCCGGUAUUGGUUUAUAUUUCAAGGGUCGUCACGGAUAUGGCGGAUUCCUCGCCCCAAAGCUGAUCACCUACGACUUUACACCUUACGUCCAGUUGCCAACAUUAGAGAACCCGCGAUCCGGGGAUUAG